AUGGGAAAACGACUAAUUUUAAUUUUUAUCGUCGCGUACACAUCAGCUUUGUUUUGCUCACAGAUUGAUAUAGGCUCUGACAAUGGGAAAAUCGGGGAUAUCGUGUCGUCUGGUGUUAUACAGCCAGGUUGGACUUUUCAAAAUGCUGCUUACAAAUCUCCUCCAAGUGAAGCAAUUAUUUAUUUUUAUGUACGUGGGUUAUGCUUUAUUUCAUUGAUUAUCCAUAUAUAGGAUAUUUUGGAUAAAUUAUCUAAACAUUGUAGAAAAGUAUAGAACUUAUAAGCCCUGAUUUUGAAUCAAUUGAAUUCCAUCAUGAAGAUGAGCUAAAGCCUGACGAUCACAAGUGGAUAUGGAUGAAUGUCACAAAAGAUGAAAAAAUUUCAGGCCUAUUCAGUGAAUACACAGUGUAUAAGGUUGAGCAGGAAUGUCUGAAUAGGGAAGGAGGGACAACUCUACAUAUGAAUGUGACUUUCGGGGCUUCUGGGUGUGACCCGAUCACUGUGAAUUGGCUAAAAGUUUGUGGCCAGCCGACAGCAACGAGAAGUGGGCUGUCAAUUGGCUUUGGAAUGAACUCAGCAGAGCUAGCUUAUGAUGGCGUCCCAACUUUAUUAUUUGAUGGAAACACAAAGGAUGAUUCUUACACAGUUUCCAGCGAUUCUGAUGAUAUUUUGGUAUAUCUUUAUAUGACUGACGAAAUUACAAAAACUUUUCUCAACAGUCCUUAUAUCAUCACAGAUCAUGAAGUAAUGUACCCCACACUUAAUGGAAGUGCAAUGACUGGAGGAUGGCUAGACUCAGAAAGAAAAGAGCUGCAAAUCAAUUUUAAUUGUCUCAUUGAUGAUGGAAUUAAAGAAGAACUGGUUUUAGUAAUUGAGAUCCCAUAUUUUCAUGAUAUUGAGCUCCAUUUCUUUAAGAAGUGUGGGGCGGUAAAGAAAAGCAAAAGUAAUGGCAUUUAAUUCAAUUUGCCUAAUCUUCAUAUAAACCUCCGAUAAGAUCAGCCCACUUUUGAUUCCUAUUAAAUAAAAAAUUAAAUAAAAUUCAAUCUAUCACAAUAUAAAAUUGGCUGGGGAACAAUUUUCUUUUUGUUAGGUGCUGGAGGUGCAUUGUGGUUACUAUGGUAUAUGUACAAUCAAAAAUUGAAAGGAGAAAAUAUAUGUGAAGAUUCAUGUGGAGAGUCGUGCGGAGAGGCUGUCUCAGGACUUUGGAGCUGGCUUAAAAGUCGUAAACCGCAAUCUAGUGUUUUAAAAAAGCCAGCAUUAGAUAAAGAGCUUGGAUCAUAUGAAGGCGAUGAUGGAAAAGUAGGGUUUAAUGUCCACUCUCAAUACGGAACUGUUUAA